AUGCUAGCCAUGGACCAGCACCAGGAGGAGUCUUGUGUUCCCCCAGGGUUCAGGUUCCACCCCACAGAGGAGGAGCUGGUGGGGUACUAUCUGGCCAGGAAGGUGGCCGCCCAGAAUAUUGAUCUCGGAAUCAUCCAGGAGGUCGAUCUCUACCGGACCGAGCCAUGGGACCUCCAAGAGAAGUGUGGCGGCGGCAGGGGAGGACGGGGAACGCGUCAAGUGACCGCGGACGAGCAGUCAUCGUCGGAGUGGUACUUCUUCAGCUUCAAGGACCGCAAGUAUCCAAGCGGCAUGCGCACCAACCGCGCCACGGCGGCCGGAUUCUGGAAGGCCACCGGCAGGGGCAAGCCGGUGACGUCAUCGAGGAGCCGCAGCGUCAUUGGCAUGAGGAAGACGCUCGUCUUUUACAGGGGCCGCGCCCCCAAUGGUAGGAAAACCGACUGGAUAAUUCACGAGUACCGUCUCCAAACCAGCGAGCACGGCCCCACCCAGGAGGAAGGUUGGGUGGUGUGCAGGGCGUUCCAGAAGCCAACCCCGAACCAGAGGCAAUCCUACACGUUCCCAGCAUAUGCCACUGCUCUGGGCCUCGGGGGCUACUACGAUGCGCGGCCCUGCCUACACGGCCAAGGCGGUAACCUCCAUUACCUGCAUAGCGCUGCUUCCACUGCCGGAGCUGGCGGCCUUUGCUUCCCCGGCCAGAGUGCCCAGUACUCCUCCGAGGACACGCUGGAGUGCAAGAAGGGCAUCUUCAACAACAUCCCACAGCUCAUCCAGAGCCCGCCGCCAGCGACCGCCUUUGCUGGUUGUAGUGAAGCCGGAUACGACGUAGUCCAGCCCAAACUAGCAGCGACAGGCAUCGACUGGAACUUCCUGGACAUCUUGUUUUCAACGUCGCUGCUCCCCGACUCCUCCGCAGCCAGUGCUGCCUCAAACCUUCAGCUUCCCCUACACCAAUCAUCGCUAAUUUAUGAGUGA